AUGGAUUGGAAAACGUUGAAUCCUGGAACGUUUGCACAAGUUAUAAAUGAUGAUGGUCGACAAAUAGCAAAAGAUGACAAGUACAUGAAUGCAGUCCAAGAGAUUUGGCAGAGUGCCCAACCUCACACCGUUCCUACCGAAAUAUCUUCAUUUGUUUACCAAGGUGAAGAAGAAGCAGGGGACGAACGGACUCAGCUCUAUGGGCAUGUUGCUCGGCGAAAGCUGGUCUCAAAAGAGGGCAAAAGUCGUUCCAUUCCAGGAGUGUUACUGUUCCAUACGGGUGCGGGGGCACAAGAUGUCUUCCUCUUUCAAAGAGCUGCACUCAUUUUACAAUCCAUUGAUUGUGUAGUCUUUAUCUGUGACAUCCUAUCAGAUGAGCAGGGUUGGGGAUGGGGCUCUAAUCGAAGUCGGUAUGUUGCUGAGAAAGAUGCGUUGAUGGAAGAAAACGCAAAGUUAUUGCAAUCUCGAGUGGCAGCAGCUGUCAAAUCACUGUGCAAGAUAGGUUCACUCUAUGGGGGCGACGAUAUUCAAGUAGAUCCAAAACGGAUCGCCGCCUUAGGAUGGUGUUUUGGUGGCCAUCCUAUAUUCGAGUUAGGCAUGACUUCUCCAGGGUUGGCCUCUUCUAUUCCAGAUCUUGAUGUUAAGGCCAUGGUUACGUUUCAUGGAGUGUUUGGGCGAGAUUGGAGCACCUACGUUCCUCCCAAAGAAUGCGCUCCAAACACCAAGACAGAUUCUACAUCAAAACCGAAAAUGCUAAUAUUCAAUGGAGCCCUAGAUCCCUUUGUUGCACAGAAAGACUUAGACGAGGUAAAUACGUAUCUCUCAAGGAAUAAUAUUGAAGUACAAGUACAUCAGCUCGAAGGUGCAAAACAUGGUUUUUCAAACUCAGCACAAUCAUUUAAUGAGAACCCAGCCUUCGAAUACAAUGAGAAAGGUGCAAAUGAAAGUUGGGAAGCUACCAUCGCAAUGCUAAAGGGUACACUAGCAUGA